GCUCUCCUCGGAUCAAACACACACUUCUAGACGACACCAGAACUUCUCAGCCGACAUCUCCACGUUGCCGUAUUUCUGGGAAGCUUUCUCCCCUUCGACCAUUCCUCUCUGCGUCCGUUUGAGCUGAUUAUCAAAGAAAAAAGCUCUUUUUUCCUCGUGUUUGCUUCUAGGGGCGAGCUUUUGUGGUCUGCUGGGGUUUGCGGGGAACGAAACUGUUCUUUUGGUUGAAUGAGCUGAGCGCCUCUUUCUGACUGACCGACAGACGGCGGGGGAUGUCAAGCCAUCUUCCUGGAUUUGUUUUAUUUGAUAAAAAGUUCAUGUGAGCACGCGCGUGUUUGAUCGUUUCGCCAAACUCACCUGCCGCGCGUGCCGGGAUGCUCGCGCGCCUCAGCGGACCGUGGUCGUUGUUCGUAGCCGACAGCCUCCUUUCUGAAACGUCGCCUUCAUUAUAAUAGUCAGCCCGAGUGUGUUUAAUCCCAUUAACAUGCAUCAAGUGGGUCAUUCUUCUGUUUGCUCCAACUAGACAAGGUGAUCCUGUGCAGCAUGUGCACCCAAUGGAAAUGUGUGAGAAGAGUAGGCAGAAUGAUCGUACGUUCUGAAGAGAGGAAAGGAAAAAGUGAGGCAAAGGCAGCUGUCGUAAUUCAUCACAAUAACCUGCAUCAGACUGACCGCUCUUCAGCAGUUCCCUGAGACGAACCGGUGUCUGAACGCUAGCGAUGGCAGCACAUGUUGUGCUUCUUUUUCUUUUCUUCUGUCGAGUGGAAAGAAGUGGCAUUUCAGAGGCUGCUGGCCUUUCAGAGGAAGACGAGGACUUGCAAGUGAUAUUAAGCAAAAAGCAACACGUCCCACCUCACCCAGAGUCCACGGACAUCUUGUUUGUGAAAAUCAAAGAACUGGGAAGGCAUGCUCAGGAGGCAGGGGGUGAUGUAAUAAGGCCAGCAAAUGGGGCUCUUCAGCAGAGUGACAGAAACCCUGGGGAUUUUGAUUUGGAUAGCCCAAACGGGCACACAGACAUCCGGAGCCAACACAGAUCUUCUGCUACAUCUCUGAUCUCUAAACAUAGCCCUGAAGUCACUAUGAGCCACAAGAAACUGAGCAAUAUGACUAAUGAAGAGGAUGGGGGUGUAAUUAAUAGUCACAGCCUUGUGCCAAGGUCAGAGGAGGUGCACAGCGUUCAGCCUGGACUCUACGUGGACAAUAGUGUCAGUGGCGUUCAACUGGAAAGGACUCGGGGCAGAUCUAAAUGGGUCACGGGGACUGAAGGUGCAGGUCCAGGAGCAGAGCCCCGCCACCGCCACCGCAGGAGCUGGCUCUGGAACCAGUUCUUUGUUAUUGAGGAGUACAGAGGCCCCGAACCGGUGCUCAUCGGACGGCUGCACACAGACAUGGACAGAGGAGACGGACACACCAAAUACAUGCUAGAAGGAGAGGGAGUCGGCUCCGUGUUUGUUAUCGACAGCAACACGGGGAACAUACAUGUCACCAAGUCUCUGGAUCGAGAGGAGAAGGACCAGUAUCGUCUAAUAGCAACGGCUUUAGACCGUGAGACCGGCCAAGCCCUGGAGCCUUCCUCUCAGUUUAUCAUCAGAGUGCAGGACAUCAAUGACAACCCACCCAUCUUCCCAAAUGAGCCUUAUGUUGCCAUGGUGCCAGAGAUGGCCAACAUAGGCACAUCAGUAGUCCAAGUCACAGCUGUGGAUGCAGAUGAUCCUACAUAUGGAAACAGUGCCCGGCUGGUGUACGGGAUAACCCAGGGCCAGGACUUUUUCUCUGUGGAUCCUCAGACAGGCAUCAUUCGGACAGCGGUACCUGACAUGGACAGAGAGAGCCAGGAUGAAUAUCUGGUCGUCCUCCAGGCUAAAGACAUGGGCGGGCAUUUGGGCGGGUUAUCGGGGACUACGACUGUCACUGUGAAGCUGAGCGACGUGAACGACAACCCCCCUCACUUCAGAAGAAGUGCGUGGUCGUUCUCUGUGUCGGAGCUGGCGGCACCAGGUGUGGAGGUGGGCCGGCUCACUGCCACCGAUGCUGACCUGGGAGAAAAUGCCCAGCUGGAGUUUACUAUCCUGGACAGGGAGGAGGCGGACACAUUCAAUGUAACUGGCAGAAACAAAGAGGCUGUUAUUGUCCUGAACAAGCUUUUGGAUUACGAAACCCGCAACUCAUACACAUUUUCCGUGGAAGUUGUGAAUCCGUAUGUGGAUCCCAGAUAUAUCGGCAAAGGACCCUUUAAAGAUCAGGCGACAGUCCGGGUCAUGAUCCUCAAUGCUGAUGAGCCACCACGGUUCUCCCAGGCGUUGUACCAUCUGGAUGUGUCUGAGAACUGCCCCCCUAUCUGCUCUAUUGGCCGGGUCCAUGCGGUGGACCCAGACACGGGACAAAGCACCAACAUCAGGUACUCCAUUGAUCCCCAGUCAGACCCCGAGGCUUUGUUCCGCAUCUCCUCGGACGCGGGUUUCAUCAGUGCAGUGAUGGAGUUGGACCGCGAGCAGGAGCAGUGGCAUAAUAUCACUGUUAUUGCCACACAGAGGGACAACCCAAAUCUUGUGUCGAGGUCUGUGGUUGCCAUAGAGACACUAGACCAGAAUGACAAUGCUCCGGAGUUGGACAGGCAGUACACCACAUCAGUAUGUGACUCCAGUGCCCCCGGUCAGGUCGUUCAGGUUCUACGAGCCAUCGACCGAGACCAAGCAGGACAGGACUCCCCAGUCCACUUCAGCAUCCCCCCUGAGUCCAGCUUAGCCCUCAACCUCACUGUCAGGGAAACUGGAGGUGUGACAGCCAGCCUGGUGCUCCAGUCUGCCUUGGAGCCCCUCCCUGGCUUUUCGUCAUCCCUGCUCACGCUCUACGUGCCAGUAGUGCUGCGUGACGGGGCCUCGGGUCUGACCAACACUGGCACGGUCACCGUGACCAUUUGUCCAUGUCUGCAAGGAGGCAUGCAGACGGAGGACCGGGGCAAACAGAGAGACCCGAGGUGGGAGAGACACGUGGUCUGUCUGCCCGCACCGUCUGCCUCCCCUUCUCUCAUAUUCAGUUUAGCCACAUUGCUGGCCAUGCUGGCUUGUGUCACCACCAUGCUGGUGGUGUGUGCUCUCUCGCUGUCAUUGCGCCAUCAGAAACGAGACUCCCACUCACCCUUUGAGGAGGAUGAUGUCAGGGAAAACAUCAUAUCCUACGAUGAUGAGGGGGGAGGGGAGGCAGACACCGCAGCUUUUGACAUUACAGCUCUGCACAGAAUCCAGCACAUGCACAACAACGGAAACAUAUGGUACACCCAACAGAAUCCGCCCAGAGCCAGGACGUACAGCUGGAGCCGCCACCCACGGCCCAGUCUGGGCCCUCAGCAGAGGCCGGGCUCUGCGCAGCUUUACGGACGCUUCUGCUACGGCUUCCAGACGCUGCCUGUUCUCAGAGAUUAUGCAGCCAGGCCACUGGAGGCGGGCCUUCAGCUAACUCAGCUGACCCAGGGUUUCACAGGAGGCCACACCGGCAAUCCCCUCUUUAUUCCGAACCAGAACACCUUUGAGCCUUUGCUACGCUCUCCUGAGAGGAGCCUUGGUGGUUUCAGAGCAGACCAUAUGCUGGCAAAGAGCACAAUCGCAGACAGAAAUGAAAGCAGUGAAGCAAAGACAGCUGAUGCAAAAGGGAACGAGGAACGGGCCAAGUUAAACCCGGCUGAAACAGAGUCGACAGCAGCCAGUGCUGCUGCAGACCUGACCUAUGAGUCUUCGUGCCAGAGUCACACCAGCUUCUCAUCAAACCCACCAGAAGGCCGACCAGGGUCAUCCCAGACUCACAUCAGCACCACAGCUACCAGCUGCACUGUGGAUGACAUCGACACUGAUUCCUCCAUUCCCUCCAUUUCAGAGCAAAAUUAUUCAAAUGGCAGUCAGCUGAGCUGCGUGAACUCUCCUGCCUACGCGAAGGGAGACACAUACAGUAUUGUGGGCUCGCUGAACCCAGGCGGCAUGGUGGCGUGUUUGAAUGGGACCAGCGGCAGUGGGUUGUACUCAGCUGGUGUGCAGCUACUGAAUGUAGGCAGGCUCCAGAGGGAAACCACAACUCCAGAGUCCCUGACCUUACCUGGGGGGGUGUUAGCCAGCAGUAACAAAGGCUGGGUGUCAGGGGUGAAGCCUGAGCACGCUGAAGCCUCAAACCCACAGCCGCUCCGAAUGGAAGAGCUCCUUAAUAUCCGCCUUAAUCGGGUCACCUCUGACCUGUCGCAGCCGCCCUACGACUCACUGCAGACUUACGAGUUCGAGGGUCGAAAUUCCAGGGCCGAGUCGCUGAGUUCACUGGAGAGUGAUGGGGAGAAGGAGGACGGGAGGGCGGAGGGAGGGAUGGAAGAGUUAAACCAGAAGUUUCAGAGGCUGGUGCAGAUCAUCCGAGACAGACAGAAGGAGAAGGAAACCCAAGAGCAUGGGGGAGAUGAGACUGCAGAGGCUGGUCUCGAUGAGCCUCAUAAACAAAGAGAGAACAAAGAAAAGGAACAGCAGAGGUGGGAUUUCUAGGCUGCAGUAAAAGGCAAGUUUGACAGAGGAGAGCGGUCUUUGAUAAUGAUGGAUUUUAACCACAGGAGUGGUGGGGGGAAACAAGCCAACAGCCUCCGACAGAAAUCACCUUGUUUUCUCCCUCCGUGAAGAAUCAUGGAGAAGUGUGGAGUAAUCCGAGCAGGGUACAGCUCUCAGCUCCGCGUGGAACCUGUCGCUUUUCACACCGACUCUCAGAACUGGCAUUAAUAAUGCACACGAGCUUUCAAAGCUAAUCUUAUGAAAAAUUUACUUUUUUGUUUUAUAAAAUAUUCACUCUGACUUCUGAAUUGUCAGGGAAUAGGCUUGAUCAAAUAUUGACUGAAACUGUGAUAUUUCAUAUUGAUAGUUUUAAAAGCUGAGCUCAGCAGGAAAAUCUGGAAUCUGAAUGCUUUUGCACCUGAGUUCACUAACGUUUAGACAGUUGUAGGUCACUCGUUUACCUUUACUGUGAAUCCUGCUGAUUUACCAGAAGAGUCAGUAAAGCCAACACUACGAGGUAAAUGAUGCCCACCUGUAGAUAAGCUGAAUGGAUUUACUCUGGUGCCGGUAUGUUGACUAGAAACACAGGAAAUGGUCUCAUCACUCAUUUGAGAUGCACUGUUUUAUGUUCACCUUUAAGUUAGCACAGAAACGGUUUAAUCCCCUAUUUUAUUAAAAGUUCUCCUCUAAAAUCAUUUUUCAGUGACUUGCUCAGCUUGCUUUAAACAAAAGUCCUUUUUCCUGCAGCGCACGCGGACGCUGUUCCCUUGAUGAGCGCAGGAGGCAGGCGACAAGGAAAAUAAGCAUUUGUUGAGAACACUUCAGGAAUUUGACAAUGACUCAUUCUGGAAGAAAUUUGAAAAAUGUGUUUGUUAUUCAGUAAGGUGCUGGACAGAGUUAUUAAAAUAGUGACAUUAUUUUCAAUAACAUGAUAAAAAUGUAUUCCUCCCUAUUGUUUCCUCUCUACUUCUACUGUGAACAUUCAGAUUCUAUAACCGUGCCGUUUCAAUGGGCUUGGAACGCUUUUAAACUAAAUUUGAGUGAAAUUUGUUGGCAUCUGCUCAUGAAAAUGUGGUGGAAAGGACUCCUCGGGCAAAAGGAUGAACUGCAUUAGAGGAAGCUUAAAUUAUAACGCGGUCCUCGCCACACAUCACACCGUGAGCAUCUUCUGGCAAAGUGAUGCACAUUCUGGGAUUUUGUAACCAAACAUGGUUAUAAAUAGUGAAUUAUGUUGCAAAGUACUAUAACAUUUGCUUUAAAGUGCAUCACAGUUUUGUUUUUUACUUAAAAUAGUCAAGGCAUCUGUGCAGGAGAGGUCAUUAGUGUUUUGCUGCACGAUGGUGCCACCUAGAGGUAAUUGUGUGGAAAGCAUCUGUGUCCUAAAGCAGCAGGACACGUCAGUACCGCCAAAAAGAAGCACUGAUGGGUUUAGUCACAAAUCCUUGUGAAGUCUGUAAGAGAGAAGGCUUUGCAGUGGUGCUCUUAUCCGAGCCGUUCUGGCAGAACUGGUCGUGAAAGAGUCUGAAUGUUGAGUCGUAUUCUUUAUUUUGCUGAAACAAACUUCAGCAGGAAUGUUGAGACUUUUGUGAAGCACCAUCAGCAAUUCAGAAAUCUUUAAUUCUGACAUUUAGAUCAGGGGUCACCAACUUUUAUGAAGCUGAGAACUACUUUGUGGGUAUUGCUGACACACUAGAGACCAGAGUUAAACUAACCUUCAUGCACGAUAAACACAUUUUAACGUUUUUAAAGGUGUAGAACACUGAAAAAAACGUUUUGUUGUUAUUAUUAUUAUUUCUGAUCAUAGUCAGUUACGUUGAGUUUUUCAUGCAGGCUGAACUUGAAAAUAGCCUUGUACAGUCUCUUCUGCAUUAGCUGCUGACACUGAAAAUGUAGGGUUUGAAAAGCCUGACAGAUCUGUCACACUGUCACCUAACAGUCAUGGACUCACCCAUCUCGGCUUGCAAAAGGGAAGGAGGCUGUUGGUUUAGUGUCCCAAGAAACAGCAGAGAAUGUCUAGUAGAAGCUAACUGUUAGCAGUAGCAGCUCCACCUCACGGCAGAGCUCCUCCAGGCUUGUGUUAUUUGUGAAGAUAAAACAUCAAGGUUGCAGAGGAAACGUAGUCACUGGUAGUCAUGUUGCUAUUAUCCCAUUUGAAGCUAAAUGCCCUAAUACCAGAAAAUAAAUCCCAAUUCUCACAUUUCCACACUUGCGCUCUUUAAUUGUGCGAUCCCAGCCAGGGGUGCGAGUGUGUCCUUCCUUCGGGAGGAAAGAACCACCAUAAAUCGAGCCAUUUGGUAAGUAGCAGCUACGCUAGGGGACAGGAGAUGCUGUGGUGACGUCAUAUAUGCAACAUGCUGACAUCUGCUUUGUAGUUCUGUUAAUAACAAGCGUUUACAAGCUGAUAAAUCUGAAAGUACGUGACUGGCAUGGUCGAAACACACAUCAUUACUUUUCAUUUAAACAGAAGUACAACAUGUGUGAUUCAGGGUCCAAGGCAAAGAGGGGUAGCAAGCAGCUCUUUUAGCCCCGUUGGCUUGGAUUCAGUUUUUUGUUCUUCCAAGGACCCAUGAGCCAACCGGAAAGGGAGGAGACUUAGGCUGCCUACAACCUGUGGGCACCUCAUAUGGUUCCUGGGGGCCCCAUGGUGGCCAUGGGCACCAAGAUGGUGACCUCUGAUGUAGACAGACUACAAAGUUAAAUCUCUUGAUUAAUUUCCAGAUUAAAGUAAAAGUAGCUGAAUUACUUUGCAGAUAAUCUGUGCUCAUUUCACUUUGUUGUGAUUAUUUCUGCACCAUGGGCACCUCUUGACCCCCUCUGAAGAGGUUUAUAAAAGUGACAUGGGAUGCCCACAACAUAAAAUAUUACGUGUGUAACUUUUUUAAGCUUUCCAAAACUCUUGAAAUGAGCCAUAAAACAUGUUUGUCUGAAACUGAACAGAAAUAUCACAAGUGGAACUACUAGUUGAACAACUGUGUGUGUGUGUGUGUGUGUGUGUGUGUGUGUGUGUGUGUGUGUGUGCGUGUGUGUAUGUGUGUGUGUGCGUGCGUGUGUGUGUGUGUGUGUGUGCGUGUGUGUGUGUGUGCGUGUGUGUAUGUGUGUGUGUGUGUGUGUGUGUGUGUGUAUGUGUGUGCGUGUGUGUGUGUGUGCGUGUGUGUGCGUGCGUGUGUGCGUGUGUGUGUGUGUGUGUGAGAGAGAGAAAUAAAGAGGUAGAUUCUGUAUUUCUUCCAUACAAAGAGGGUAUUUCAAAUCAAAGAAAUGUUAAAACCAUUCAUGUUUUUCUAGUUUCUGAGUUUUUUUGUUGUUGUUUUUUGUCUUUUGAGAAACGUUUGAUGAUCCUUUAGUCAUCAGUAGAGGAGUGAGUGCACAAGAAUAAGGGUUCCACAGGUAGCUGUAGGUCCUGAAAUGACCAAGACAGGUUCGGAGCGAUUGGAGAAAAAGAUGUUUGCUUCUGAGUUGAUGUUGGAGACAAAAAACAGUCAAAAUAAGAUUCACCGCUGCAGAGGGACAACACACACACAGCUCUCACGCAGGGACCACCGUCCUGCUCCAGCAGCUCGAAUGCAUGUGUUCUGUCGCUCAUUCUGUCACGGCUGUUUUUAUUCACUCAAGCAGGGAGAGGUCACGUGGUUGUACAAGGUUCAGUUUGAGCAAUCGUCUGAACAGCAGACUUGCAGCCUUGAGUUGAUGUUAAAAGAAGGCUACCAUCUCCACAGAUACCAGGAACCUGUGUGCAGAGACACCAUACCCGACAGGAGGGCUGAGCAGCAGAUAACAGGAACAUUUGGAAUGUCUAAUGAGCUGCAGGGUCAGGUUCUCAGCAUGCACACUCCACUGAUCUUAAGUAAAAGAUGUUUGCUUGGG